UGGCAUCUUUCUUCACUACAAGCAUCUUCGGUCUUGAUCCUUAGCAUCUAUGAAAGAUCCACCGUUCAACUUGCAAGAUCCAAUGGCUCACCAUCUAUCUCUCUUCAGAUCAAUCCAACGGCUCAGAUUCAAUCUCUCCCCAUACUAAUCCGCUAUAUAACCAACCACUGACUCAAUCUUCUUCCUUAAAAUAUAACAAAAACAUUUUCAGAAAUGGCGACUUUGGAUUCUCCGUUGGAGGUUUUGGCUUUCGACUACGUUAACUUCGUCUUUAACAAUCUUUGGACAUGGAUUGCCGUCGUGACGGCCGCCGUUAGUUUCUGGCGUAUCCGAGCUACCACCACCAGCGGGGGCGGCGGUAGGGACGACGGUUUCAUAGAUGAAUCUCCUCGUGAGCCACCAAAACCACAAGCCACGAAGGCUGCUCUUGUUGUGGAGACGAAACCUCCUAGUGUUAAGGUAACGGAGACGGAAGAUUGGAGUUUGUUGUUGUGUAAUGACGGAGUAACGAAGGGGAAGCUAACCGUGUACUACGAGGAAAUGAUUGACGGAGAGAGAGAAGAAGAUGACGGAGAGACAACGGUCGUUAAGUAUGGAGGAGGUGCGAGUGGAGAGUGGUGGGAGAGAUGGGAGAGAGUGGUGAAGAUGAGAAAUGGAGAUGAAGGUUGGUACCGUUACGUGGAUUUAACGGUGAUUAACGGAAAUGUUGUGAGGUUGUGGGAUGCUAACGGAGUCCGUAACGGUGGUUGGGUUAGUGUGCAGCGUAAGGAGUGUUAUGGUUGAGUCGUUGAGACAUGUUGGGGAAAAUUAUAAUUUUCUAAUUUGAGCAUGAUUAUUCAUUGAACCUUUUUGGUUUAAAGACUAUUUUUUGUUGAAUUAAAAAUGUAAUUUGUAUAUAUAGUUUAGAGACAUAACUACGAUUGUUGAAUAAAGAAGAACAAAUUCACACUUUCAUA